AUGCCGCUGGUGCAUGUGCAGGUAUCAGAAGAACAGGUGAAUAAAAGCCUGGCUGCGUUGACUGAAUCUAUGUCCGGGCUAGGGGACCUGACCAAGUCAACCCCGAAGCGCAAGGCUGAAACCAAGGUUUCGAUCGAUCAUCAAGCUGUUGAUGACCAGCUCAGUGCACCAUCCAAGUUCUGCACCGGCUGUGAAUGCCUGCCCGAGUCUCGAAAUAGCCUAGCGCCUAUGACUGUUAAGCUCGGGUCCUACUCCAAAUGGAACUGGAGCCGUGACUUUGCCAAGGCUGUGAAGCAGCCAUUGGACAUGGUGUUGGCAAAACUGUUUUCGUUGUUAAGCGACAACAAGGAGAUGACCUUUGUUGACUGUCCAGCCCCUACCCAAAGGGAGUUGCAAGGCUGGGGCUACACAUUGGUCCCUAUGUAUGACCCGCACGCAAUAUUGGCGUAUUUGUUUGACGAAGUUGGCCUAUGCAUUGACAGAGAACAGGUUACGAGGUAUUGGAAAGAGGCAGCUGACCGAAACUGCCCUUGGGCUUCCAAUGAACCGGGCGACCGGAUUCCGUUGAAGAUCUUUGGUGAUGACUGCGUCUACGACUUCAAGGGUAGCAAAGCACAUGCAAUUUAUAUGUCAUUGCCGUUGUGGCGACCGAGAGCGGCGAGGAACUCUGGUUUUCUGAUUUGGGCGCAAAAGUCCUCACAGUUUCAAGGCUUCGAGGGGCUGCUGCCAGUUCUGGCUCGCAUGGUAUGGUCCCUCAAUGAGGCAUAUGACAAUCGACUUCCAAAGACUGGACAUCGGUUUGCUGUUUGCGAGAUAGGAGGCGAUUGGGCUUGGAUGAGGUUCUUUUGGCAGUUCAGCCGCCAUUGGAAUUCCCACAGACCCUGCCCAUUCUGCAACGUGGACAAAUUUGGAGCAAGAGCCUGGCCACUACUACGUGACAUUGAUUGGCUGCCAAAUGUCACCUUCAUCAAUCAGAUCGUCGGAUCCGGUGCGUCUCAAAGGGUGAAUCCCUUUAUCUUGCUGAAGAACUUUCACGUAUCUUUGAUUCAUCCCUGUCAGUUGCACAACCUGAACCUCGCACUUCUUUGGACAUCGAAUGGUGCUGCCUUUGCAACCUUUGCAGAGUUGGGAUUCUGGGGUGACCCAACUCAAAGCCUUGCCCUCCUUGUUGAAGCUGCUUGGGAUGACUUCCGAGCUUUCAUGAAGACGGAGCGCAGGCAUUCGUCGCAAAGCAAAUUCACGAUCAAGAUGAUCUUCAAGAAAUCCCAUGGAGCCUACUGGAGCGCAAAAGGAUACAACUCAAGGCUAUUGGCAGAUUGGUUGGCGGAUUGUGCUGAGCGGCUGUGGCAGCGCACCUUUAGUGAAGCUGAUGGAAGGACCUUUGGGACGACUGAGCCACAAGCGGCAGAACUCUGCGAGCUGGGUUAUGACUACCUUCGUGCCCACCAGAGCUUGAGAUUCAACCCCCGCUUUACAUCAGGGUGGAUUGAUGAGGAUGCUAUGGGGCUCCUCAAGAGGAUGUCACGACGUGUCAGUAAAGAUGCAGUUCACCAGAAGCGGGACAAUGAGGCUCACUUCACUACGGGCACUCACAAGGGGCAGCGCCACCCUUCAGCAGGACCCGCCAGGCCAGUGAAGUCUGGACCACCGCCUGAGCGUGAGCCACUUCGCAGGAGGCCGCAGCCCCUGCCAGACCGGCGGCGACCGGCAGAGCCAUCGUACCCACCUCCGGAAAGGGAGCGAACGGGUACCAAGCGCCGCAGCGACAGGGAUUACUAUGACAACUGCGACGAUGAGGCGCCGAAGAUCCCUGAGCCGGGUACAAAAGGGCUAUCGGCCAAGAUCAAAGCUCGACGACCAGGCGAAGAAGAAUAUCUGGUCUUUGAUAGCAUCCAAGAUGCCAUUGACAGUACAAGAACGUCACCGCCUCCAUCUCCGUUGAUGAAGCCCCGUCCUGCUAAGCAGAUCUGGCCCAAGCCACGAAAGGCCAAACCUCAGCCCGCGGCAGAGCAACAGACCAAACCACCGCCAGCGGCAGAGAGAGAGGCAGCAGAACCGGCACCGCUGCCGAUCCGAGACCCAGAGAAGUCUCGAGAGAGGCGACGGCGUCGCCGUUCAGAAGGUGAGCCAGGUGAGGCACGCCCUGACAUUGAGCACCGGCGGCGCCGGAGGAGGAGCAAGCCUGAAAUGGCUGAGCCGGUCGACGUGACAAGACCAGCUCCACCAGAGGCUCCAGCUCCCUCAGAAGAAGCUUCCAAUGCCACCGAGGCAACAAGGGAAGCAGCAGCAGAUACAACAACCGCAACUGCUGCAGCGGAGGCUCCCGCACCUACAGAGGGCACCAGUACAAGGCAGGUCAAUUGGACCAUGAUGCAUGGAUGGGAGCGAAUCCGACGGUACCAGUCCGAUGAUGAGGAGGUGGAUAGCAGCUCAAGUGCAGCCUCAGAAAGUGAAGAAGAGGACCUGGCCUACCAACUCAAGCUGUCGGAGAGUUCGCAAGCCUCCCAAUCCAAGCAAGCAAAGGAGAAGAUUAAAGUGAAGCUUCUCACGGUGCUGCGCUCACUGCUGGAGGAUGAGAAAGAUGAAGAAACCAUCCAGCGGCUCCGUAAGAAGGAGAAGCGCCUUGCAGAACGUGCCACAGCCAGGGCUACCGGUGCAACAUCGAGCACAGAGGUUGGCAUUCAUGGCACUUGGAGGCCUACAGUGAUGUCUCCAUCCAGGCACCCGAUCUUGGGUUUGCUCAAUAUGGGAUCACACCCGAAUCCCAAACAGUGGCGCAUCAAACCUUUAGAAGAACUCAGGCAGCGCCUGUUGAGCGAUCCACACUCCUUCGCAUUGGUUCAAGAUGCCCUGGACAGCAUCUCUGACUCUGGAAGUGAGGUGCCACAGGAGGUCCUGAAGGCCGCUGUGCAUGGACCUGAAACCCCGCAGCAGCUGGCUAUGUGGCAGGAGACUAUGGAGGAUGAAGCAAUCGAGACAUUGGAUGCCAUCAACGCCCCAAAGGUCUUCAAGCCACAACUGGAUCCCAUGAGCUCAGAUGAGGGCUCCAUCAGCGAGGGCGAAUCUGAGACCUCGCAUGAUCCCGACUACCAGGAUGAGGACUCCACAACCAGCAACGAGACAAAGGCUGAAGAGGAGUUCCACGAGAUCUUGACAUCCGGCUGCGCCGGCGAGACUGAGAUCCUGAGCAAAGGCGGCGAGUUCGAACUGUCUUUUACACAGCUUUUGGAGCAAAUGGCUGCGCCCAGCACAGUCACCGGAUCGCAUGCCGGUUGGCAGUUGGCCGUCGGAGAACGGCGUGGAGGAAUCUUGGGAACCAUGGUUGGAGCAAUCACAACCGAGCACGUCACGGAAGGUUUCCAUGGCAUGAAGUUGGCAUUGAGCUCAGCGCUGGCAGCCAAGAACAUGACCAUUACCCGUGAUGGUUUCAGCCCCAACCAGAGGUUGUUUGGAACGGAGGUCCGCUAUCCCAGUCUUUUGGAGGACGAUGUCAAGCCUAGCUUUGCAGAGAGCUUGGACACCGAGACUGAGUUUGCAAGAUCCCAUCGUAUGAGAACCACUGCCAGGUUAGCACUGAUCCGGAUGGAUGUCCAGGAAAAGAUGAAACGGGCCAUUUUGAGGAAGCCCGGUGUGGACACGGAAGGACGCGCCUUGCUCCUUGCAACGCCAAACAUGCGUUUGGCUACAAAGGAAGAACUGGCCAUGAAUGAGCCCGCAAAAGAAGAUGCAGAAACCAUUGGCCAGAUGCUUCGCGAUCCAGAGCGUGAUAACGCCUAUCACGACCAAACCCAUUUCAAAGGAGCUCCCAAGCGGAAGCACAUCAGAGAUGACCCUGAGCGCAAACGUGCCCGAUUGAUGAUGCGAGGCACCAAGUCAAUCCGGGAGUUGCUCAAGAGCCGGUUUGGAUUCAAAGAACAGCUCAGGAAGCGCAAGGUACAGCUCCAGCCGCCAGAGAAAGGAGAUCCGGUAGAGCCGAGGAAGAAAGUCAAGAAGGCCCUACCUCCACCGCCUGCGGCGGAGUCUCAAGACUCAAUGGAGGAGUAUACACCUUCUCAAGCACCAGAGCCAGAGGCUCCACAGGAAGGCCCGCGGCCUAUGCUUCCUGCUCCAAGUUCAGCUCCAGCGGAGCCACCUACAGAAGCAACCCAUGCAGACUACAAGGAAGCAGUAAAAUUGCAUCAGAAGUUUGUGGAAGAAGCCAAUGCUGGCCGAGCCAGGUUGACCUAUCCACCGCUGGACAAGAACAAUAAGUGGUUCUAUGUCAGUUACUUCGAUGCGUCCCUCGGGAAAGAAUCCGAUGGAAAGUCACAGUUGGGUGCCGUACACUUUCUAACCACUGCAGCAGCUCGUACAGGACCGGCCGCCGCCGCGCCAGUUGAAUUCAGUACAAACAAGAGUUCUCGAGUGCUGCGCAGCUCGAUGUCUGCCGAAGCAUGCUCAAUGAGCAUUUGCGUGGACCGCCAUUUGUAUGGUCGACUCGUUAUCGACAUGAUGCUCUACGGGUACAAGACUCUGGAUGAGAAUUGGCGAACCACAAUGGGAAUUUCUGGAGGCGUUGUCACUGACGCCAAGAGCCUGUAUGACCACAUGGGUACAACAGGACAGAUCCCGACAGAGCGGCAGACCAUGCUUGACUUGAUGGUGGCUCGUGACCACCUCGAGUCAGGUGCCUACGAACUUUUCUCGGUUCCAACUCACCGCCAACAUGCAGAUGGGUUGACCAAGAAGAUGAAGAACAUCCUAUGGGAGACCUUCUGCAAGCUCCCCAGGAUUUCUCUCAAGGAGACCGAGGACGAGCGGAAGCUAGAGGAGCACAGGAAAGGUUUGAGGAAGGCACAGCGACAGCGUCGCAAGGACCGCAUGAAGGGCCGCGAACCUUCUCAGGCAGCGCCUGCUCAUGUACAGUAUGUACAGUUGCAAUCAUGUCAACACACUCUUUUGGCUAUGUGA